AUGUUGAGUUCUUCCAACAUACCCGUUAAGUUAUACCAAGUACGCAAAUUCAGAUUUUACAUAGUUGCGUUUUUUUCCACAAAUAAAGAAAAGAAUGUACUGAAGAAAGCUAUAGAAAUAAAUAAGGAAAUAUUAAAAAAUGGAAACCUUCUUGAGAUAAUAAAAAUAAUAAAUAAGAAUAAGAAAAAUACGAACAUAAUAAACUAUGUAACAUUUUUUCAUAGAUCAAUGCAGUUAAUACACAACAAUAAUUUUCUUUACUUAAAAUAUAAGGCACAUAUUACUACAGAAAUAGAAGACAAAAUUAACAUAAUUUUUCAUUACUUAAAUAAUAAUGACAAUAUAAAGAAGGUAAAAAAUAACUACAACAAACGCUUAUUUUCUUCCUUUAUCUGGUCACUCUGUAAAUAUUAUACCAUUUUAAAAGAACAUAACAAUAGUUCUGCUUUUCACACAAUAAACCAAAUCGGUUUAACAAGCGUUCACUGUCUCAAUGGAGUGAAAAAUAUAAAAGAGGCUCUACUAAAUAUAGAAGAGCAACAUGCACACCGUCAUACAAUAAUAAAUAAUAUAAUCUAUAGCUGCACUAAUUAUGAGGGUAAUUUAUUUUUUACAGACCUUUUUGAGGAAGGGAACAAAAAGAGUUACAGAGGGACAAACAAUAGCAACAACGAGAGCAGGCACAAUCAAAGCUACUUAAAUGUGCUAGACCAUGAAAAAGGGAAGGAAUUACUCAAAAAUAACUAUGACUAUGGAAUUACUCCACGCAUGCAUUACACAUUCAAUGGCUUCAAUUUAUUGUGCAGGUAUGCAAACGCAUGUUUACCGUCCUUAAGUGCGUCUCGUUAUGUUGUUGUUCUUUGGGCGUUAAGCAAACUAAAUAAACAGUACAAAGAAAUGCAUGAAAAGUAUUACAAAAGAAGUAUUAGUCUUGUACCGGUUUUAAAAAAUAAGGAGCUUAUAAUUUUGUUGUUCUCUUAUUCAUAUGUAAACUUUACAAAUUUUCAUUUUUAUAUAAGGAUAAAAAAUUUUAUUAUAAAUAAAAAUAUACAUAAACAGAUAAUACAAGAGAAUAACCAGGAAUCUUUAGUUAGCAUGCUUUUGUCAUUUGUUAAUCGAAAUAUAUUUUUUCCAGAUUUAUUUGAAAGUACAAUUGCUUACAUCCUAGGGACAAAACAUUUUUUACAUUCGUUAGGGAAUAAAGAACUAAUAACAAUUUUAUUCUGUAUAUGCAAAAGCCCAUUUUUAUAUAUGCCUGAGGGGAAUAAAUCUAAUAAAUUAGAAAAGAAAGGAAUUGUAAAGAGAAAUAUUGUUUUGUACGAAUUAUUAAAAAAGAAAAUUAUGAAAAGAUGUAAUGUAGUAGAUAGUUUGAAAGGGGAAAACAUUCGAAUUUAUAGAAGCAUGAUGGAUCAUGUUUCGAGAAUGAAAAAAAUAAUUGAUAUAAGUAGUAAUAUCACUUGUACUUUUGAAAAUUUGGCUUUAAUUAUAUGGUCCCUAUGUCUUAAAUAUAUUUAUUCUGCAAAGUUGUUUCUGUAUAGUUUUAUUCAAUUGAAUAAAUUAAUGAAAAAUGUAAAUUAUAUAUAUAAUUCUUAUGACACCUUAACAAAUUUUUACUUUUCCUUUUUAUCUUUUAUAAUGGAAGAUGAGUCAUUAAUGAAUUUAUAUUUUAAUAGACAAGAAGAAAAUGCUUUGUAUAUCUUAAAUGACUCUAUUAAUUUUCUCAUGCAUAAUUUUAAUGUAUUCAAAUAUGUAAUAAGUAUGCAUCAAAGAAAACAUGAUGUAGAAGUGUCAAGCAUGCAAAAAGAUAUAUUCAUUAUACUGAGCAAUAAUUUAAAGUACUCCAAUGAAAUGACUUUAAUACAUGAAUACAAAAACCCUCUGAAUAUGUCUAUAGAUAUUCUGUUAUUUAGAAAGGACAAAUAUACACAGUGGAUGAAAAUAAAUAAGGAGAUGUCGCAUGAAGAGAGCUCUUCCUGCAAAGAGGUGGAUAGUGCACAUACGAACUCCAGUGGAAUGUGUAUAAAUUAUGGGGGGGGAAAUACCCCCCCUAAUGGUAAUAUUAAUGUAAAGCAAAAAUGGAACAAAAAAAAAGAUCCACCACUUUUGUUUUUUUUAAAUUGUAAAUAUUACUCUUCAAUAAAUUUUCGCUCAAUCCGAUCAUUAAAGGUAGGGGAGAUUUUCUCAGUAAAAUUAAACAAAUAUACUGUUGUGUACUCGUCUUCAAUUAAUAAAAAAAGCUUGUGCUUAACUGACAAUAAAAAGAUCAUGAAAAAUUACGAAAUAGGAACUAAUUUGUAUGGAUUCAUUGAAAGAAUCAAAAAUUUAGAUGAUAGAAAUUAUCCUCAUGCAUUAAGAGUUAUACAUAACGAUUUGAUUUUCUUUUUUGAUAAACAUUUUGCUUAUAUAAAUGAAAAGGAUAUGAUUAGUUUUUUUUAUAAAUAUUCUUCUUUUUUCCCUCACUUUUGUAAAAUAAAGGGUAUAAUAACACAUUUAAAUAAACUCUUAAAGGUCUUUUCUUUUUUCAUCGAUUUUACCCUUUCGUCUAUUUUGAACCAGAGAAACAAGAACAUUCUUCUGCUUAGUGAUGUGUCCUGGGUGUACUUCAGGUACAUGAAAUUUUUGUUAUUGUUCUCGAAAGGGGUAGACAUAGACAGAAUGGCGCAAGGCGGAAUAGCACAAGGCAUAAUAGGGCAAGGCGGAAUAUCACAAGGCAGAGUAGGGCAAGGCGGAAUAGCACAAGGAAGAGUAGGGCAAGGCGGAAUAGCACAAGGCAGAGUAGGGCAAGGCGGAAUGGCUCAAGUUGCAAUUCCACAUAGCGAAUUACCGCCAAACGAUGUACUUUCUGUCCAAAGUGGUACAAGCAGAGGACUACUUUUACAAGAAAUAAAUAAAAUAACAACCAUAUUUGAUAAAAUAAUAAAAAGAAAAAUAAUAGACGAAAAUAUAAUGAAGCAUGCAUCGUCCAAAACUACGGCUCUUUUCAUUUCUAUUUAUGCACACCUUGAAAAUUCAGUUGAUAUGAUGCACUAUUUACAGGACAAUAUUUUUGAUGACAUCACAUUUACUAUAAAAGAUAUGCUAUUUAUUUUAAGUGCUUUAUCUAGAUGCAAUAAUGUAUGGGGUAUCGAAAAAUAUUUUUGUAAAAAAUUUAUUGAAAAUAUAGGUAACUGCAAAGUAAAUGAUUUAGUUGAGUUUACGUAUUUAUGUGCAGAGUUAAAAAGUAGUAACCAUUACAUAAGUUGUGGUAUUACUAACAAAAUCAAUUCAUUUGUUGUCAGAUCGUCAGAAGUGGAAAGUGAAAGUUAUAGUAAAGAAAUCAAAGGAAAUUUUUUUUCAGGUAAAGGAAGAGACUUUUCCCAUAAUGACUGUAGUGUACCAUUAAAAUUUAUUGAUACAUUUGAACAGGAGCAGUUUGCUCUCUUUGUAAGAAACUGCUACCGAAUGCACUGCUUUGAUAGGAGUUUUUUUGAUUUCCUAUGUGACGUAGCAUUAAGAAAAUGUAAAAUUCUAAAUGUAAAAAGUCUGUGUAUUAUCUUGCCCUGCUUUUCCCGCAUAUACUGUCUUUACAGUGUUGGAAGUACACUCCGAGGAAGUAGUACUCAAAGGAAUAAAAGGAUUACCGGAAAUGAUGGAAAUCAUGACGACCAUGGCGAUUACAGCAAUCAUGGAAAUAUUGGAAAGCAUGAUCAUCAGAAUGAUCGUGGACAUGGUUUCCUCCACAGAAGUGACGGUAUUAAAGUAAAAAAUGAGCAGAAUGAUUAUUUGGAAAAAGAUAUAUAUCACUGUCGGUACAACGUUCCUGAGUCCCUAAAACAGUUAGUACAAUAUGCAGAAAAAAGAAUUUUAUCAAGUAAAGAAUUUAAUUUUCCUAAUUUUUGUUAUUAUAUGGAAUCAAUUACUUUACUUAAAAUUGAAAAUAAAAAGUUGUAUAAUAUGUGUAUAGAACAAACAUUGAAAAGAGUGGAAAAUAAUUUACUGCUUAGUGAAAAGGACGUAAAGUUGCUGGGGAAAGUAUUGUGGUGUUUAUCUUAUUAUCACAAAACAGAGUUUUUAUUUUCAUUAAAAAUUAUUAGUUUUAUUUUAAAAUAUAAGAUAUAUCAAAAUGUAAUAAUAGAAAAUUAUAUUUCCAUUUUUUUGUACUUUAUUAAAUCUAGGGUAUAUAACAAAAACUUAUUUCAUAAUAUGGGGCAAGUUAUCUUGUUAAAUAUAACAUUAAAUGAUUAUUUUAAUUCCGAAAAUGUGAAUACAAAACAUUUUAAGCUGAAAGUAAUUACUGAAUUGUAUGCUACAAUGGCAUGGGCGUAUGCUUUUACGUACUGUCCCGAUGAUGAAUUAGCGGGGGUGGAAUAUGAAGAGAGAGAGAAAAGGAUCAGCAAAAAUUUUAGUGGAAAAUGGGAAAAAUGUUGUGAAAUGGCAAUAAAUGACAAUACUGUGGGUGGUGAAAAUACUGUUCGUAGUGAAAAUACUCUGCUUAGUGAAAAUACUCUGCUUAGUGAAAAUACUCUGCUCAGUGAAAAUACUUUGCUUAGUGAAAAUACUCUGCUUAGGGACAACACUGCAGGCAAUGGAAAGGGCAUAAAGAGAGGGGGAAAAAGAGUAUCCCCAUUUUUGCAUACAAAUGAUUCGAAAUUCUUAGCGAAAAUAUACGACUAUAUUUUUAAUGAAAUAAGUAUUCUGGAAAAGUAUGAUGAUGUAUCUCUUUUAUUAUUAUCAAGAUAUUUAUGGGGUGUUUCUAUUGUGAAUGUAAUAAAUGAAAAAAUACUGAAUUUUAUAAAUAUAUAUAAUUGGGAUGAUAUUAAAAUUAUGGAAUACAAUCAAAUGUACCUGCACAUGAUAUUUACGUUAUGGUUAAGGAUAAAAUAUUCUUCUUUAAAUUUUAAACUUUCAAAAAGUUUCCUAAAAUUCAAAGAUCAAAUUUUUAUUCUUUUAAAAAAAAAUUAUUAUAAAAAUAGCACAAUUAAGAAGAAUAACAACAUAUCUACUUUUCACCAACAAAUAUGUCAAAUAUUAGACAAACAUAACGUAACGUAUGAAAAUGAAUAUAUUACGGAAGAUCUUUUCGCCAUCGAUAUAAGAAUAAAAAGGGAAAAUUUGAGGGAAAAAAUUGCUAUCGAAAUUGAUGGUCCUUCUCACCACUUACUCGUCUUGAACGAGAUUUACCAGACACACCCUGCAAACGUUAAGAAGAAGUAUGUGAGGUGUGGAACAACUUAUUUUAAGAGUAAUCUUCUGAAAAAAAGUGGGUGGACACUGAUUAACAUAGCGUCUUAUGAAUGGAAUAAACUAAAGAAGGGUGAAAGAGAUGCAUAUGUAAUUCAAAAACUGUCGACAAUUAGUAAGUGUCUAAAGUUCUGUUCUUUAAAAUGUAAUGAAGUGGUUUGA